AUGUGGUCACUUUGGCAUCGUAGAAACCAAGUACGAACAUCCUCCAAGGAGUAUCCGCUAUCACUGGUUGCUCCAACAGCGUCGCAAGCACUGGCUGACUUCCAACGGGCUAACUCCUCUGAUGCUCUGCAACCCAGAAGCUAUGGCCAAACACGGAAUCAAUGGACACCACCAGUAGAAGGAGAAAUCAAAGUAAACUUUGACGGAGCCCAGUUCAAAGAUUUGGGUAAAGCAGGUUUGGGAGUCAUCAUUCGGAAUAGCAGAGGACAAGCGCUUGCGUCUCUGUCUGAGCAAGCACUUUUGCCUUUCUCGCCGGAAAUUGUCGAAGCUAUGGCAGCAGCUAGAGCUAUCUCCUUUGCACAGGGACUUGGCUUCACAUCCUUCAUAUUAGAGGGGGACUCGGUGAAUGUAAUAAAAGCAAUGCAGUCUGAUGAUGAGUCCCUUUCUCCAUAUGGUCAUAUCCUUAGCUCGGCAAAGUCCAUGGUAGUUACAGGCAGUAGCAUCAAGUACUCGCAUGUGGGUCGAAAUGGUAAUACUGUAGCACACAACCUAGCUAAACAUGCUAGACAUGUUAGAGGUUUUUCGGUGUGGACGGAGGAUGUUCCUCCCCACCUUUCUCAUGUAAUUUUUGCCGACCACGGCUGA